AUGUCGUUAGCAUUUGUAAAACAAGCGACUCGAUCGACUGUGCCACAUCGACGAUACUUAUCUUCCACUCGAUCGCUCGUCUUGCGGUCUCCAGUGACCUCGCCUCUUCGUGGAUCUUCCUUGCGAUGGCUGGCCAAGCGUGUGGAAGGUCCUACUAACCGAUCCCCCGCCAUGGGCUUCUCUUUGAUUCGACACUAUGGAGCUCCUGCUCCGGUGGAACAAGAAGAACAGAACCUCACACCGUUGCCGAGUUCCUCGACCCCGCAUUUACCACCGGUGGUUCUUCCUAGUCCCGCUAUUAAUUCGUUUAGAGAGAUCGCUCGCGUGCUACCGUCCGGCAUCGCUGAACAGUUUGCUAUUCUUAAUGCAUGUAUUCGAACCGGAUCCAUGGAUCGAGCCGAACGCAUCAUGAAGGAAUUAUAUCGCAACAAACCCGAUGAAAUGCGGGUGUUUACCGAUGUGAAAAUUUACAACACAUUUUUGAAUGGAUUUAUCCAACAACCAACUCCGAUGACCAAACAGUGUCUGCACUGGUUCGAUGGAAUGAAGAACUAUGGCUUGACACCCAAUGAUGAUACCUAUGCCAUUAUUGUCAAAGGAUUUUUAAAAAUGGGGCGCUAUCAUACAGCACGAGCUCUUUUGCAAGAAAUGCAAGCCGAUCAUCACAUUGCGAUCCACGAUAUGCUCAAUUCGACCUUUUUGACUCGCAAUGAUAUCGACAUGUUUCGAAAACUCAUUGAAGAAAGUCAAGGCAAUGUUCCCAUCGAUGUUCACAAAUUGUUGAAAGAAUUGGAUCUUGCCACCAAAGCCGUGCUUGGGGAACCGGCGGCGGCAUCGAGUUAUAAAGGCGAACGCAUCGACGGAGCAACGCCAGCAACCAAUAUUGAACCCAUCAUUUACGAGGAAGUACCGGAAGCUCGAGCCACCAACACCAUUGGUGUCAAGUUCUUGCAGGAACAACUGCAAGCUUUGCGAGAUCCGCGUCAAGCGCUGCAGAUGGAUCCUUACGAGUUGCAAAUGGAGUUGGAACGACAGGGGUAUGAUGUGGCGCUGCAACGAUUAAUGCACUUGCGAGAAGCCAGUCUUGAACGUGGCGAUAUGCUGAACGCGAUGAACCUGACGCCAUUGAAAAAAACAUUGUGGGAAUGGCAUGAACAUUUGGCUCCGUUGAUCAAGGAAGAACUCGAACGUUGUGAGAACGCCGGGCCACGGGAAACCGAGCGACGCAUGUAUGGACCCUUUUUGAAAUUACUGCCACCGGAGAAAUUGUCCAUUAUCACUAUUUUGGAACUGCUCCGGUUACACAACUCGUCCGGCAUUGCAGACGGUAUGAAAACAGCCCGCGCCAUCAUUGAUGUCGGUAAAGCGGUAGAAAUGGAAUACAAUGCGACACAGAUCAAGAAAUCCUCCAGCAAGUUGUUGUCUCGCCAACAGGAAGUGCAUUCUUUGUUUGCGAGCGGCAAGUUGUUCAAUAUGACCCUGCGGAAAGUGCACAUGAAACUCGCGCGAGAGCAGGAAUCGGUGCGUGAAUUGAUUGAUUCUUCGGAUGGCGAUACAGGUGGUAUGCUUGGUGCCGAUGGAUGGACUCCGGCUUGGCCUAGCACCAUCCGGGCCAAGGUCGGUAGUGUAUUGACCAGUCUGUUGAUCGAAUCUUCCAAGAUCCCUGUCCCCAGCAGAGACCCCGAAACCGGUGCAAAGAUUAUUGAGCAGAUUCCCGCCUUUUUCCAUACCUAUCAGUACGUCCGCGGCAAACGUGUGGGCAUUAUCAAGUUUUCCGAUCCAUUGACCCAGCUUAUUUCCCGUGAACCUUUGCGUGAUACACUCCAUCCUCGUCUUUUACCCAUGAUUGUGCACCCUCGACCUUGGUUGUCUUACAACUUGGGCGGCUAUCUCAUGUCCAAGACGACGUGUAUGCGUAUCAAGAAUUCUCCCGAACAGCUUGUGUACCUUCACAAAGCUUCCGAAGAAGAACGAUUCAAUACGGUGUUGGCCGGUUUGGAUGUGUUGGGCGCCACGCGAUGGAGAGUGAAUAAGAAUGUAUUUGACGUUGUCUUGGAAGCUUGGAAUACUGGCGAACCCAUUGCCGAUAUCCCCCCCGCGAUUUCCAAACCUACCGAAUUACCUCCCAAGCCCGAGAAUUACGAUACCGAUCCCAAAGCCAAAUUUAACUGGGUCCUCAAAGUCAAAGAAAUCCAAACCAUGGACAAGAACCACCACAGUUUACGAUGUGAUGUCAAUUAUAAAGUGGAAACAGCCAGAGCCUUUUUAAAUUUACCAAUGUAUUUCCCACACAACAUGGAUUUCCGUGGUCGUGCUUACCCUAUUCCACCUACGCUUAACCAUCUGGGUAACGAUCUGUGCCGUGGCUUGCUGCACUUUGAGGAGGCCAAGCCUUUAGGAGAACGAGGCUGGCGCUGGCUCAAGAUUCAUUUGGCCAACGUCUUUGGUUACGAUAAAUAUUCUUUUACGGAAAGAGAAGCUUUCACCAUGGAUAACAUUGAUAAUAUUCUCGAUUCUGUGGAUCGACCUCUAAACGGCAACAAGUGGUGGUUGAAAGCAGAGAAUCCAUGGCAAUGUUUAUCGGCAUGUUUUGAAGUGGCGGCUGCGUUCCGAAGUGGCCACCCUGAAGAUUUUCCGUCUCAGCUGCCUGUGCAUCAGGACGGUACAUGUAACGGUCUUCAGCAUUAUGCUGCUUUGGGUGGUGAUUUGGCCGGUGCACGAGCCGUCAAUCUGGCUCCCAGUGAUCGUCCUGCCGAUGUGUACACGGGUGUAGCCGAAAUGGUGAAUAAGCAAAUCGAGGAAGCCGCAGCGCAAGGCGAUGAAUAUGCCUUGCUGCUACGUGGCAAAGUCAGUCGUAAAGUGGUCAAGCAAACCGUCAUGACCAACGUCUACGGUGUCACGUUCAUCGGAGCUAGAUUGCAGAUCGAGAAUCGAUUAAAGGAACGUGGCGAUCUUCCUCCGGAAAAGAUCUAUGCGCUGGCCAGUUACUUGGCGCGAAAGGUGUUCUCGUCCCUGGGAGAAAUGUUCAACGGUGCACACAAGAUUCAGGAUUGGUUGACAGACUCGGCCCGUCGAAUUGCAAGAAGUGUACCAAAGGAAGCGUUGAUCGAAUCGGGUAUCUUACCACCAGAUGAUCCUGAUACCGUCGUCAAGGAAAAGGUGGUCAGCAGUCGUAAGAGAAAAACGAAAGCAACCAAAGGAUUCUCGGCACGAAACCCCUCCUCCAAUCAAAUGACUUCUGUCAUUUGGACCACGCCACUUGGACUGCCCAUUGUUCAACCUUACCGUCGUCAGGGCAAAAAGCAAGUAUCCACGUUACUGCAAACCGUAUUCAUUGAAGAUCCCGAUGCCGCACGUCCUGUGAAUGCGAUGAAGCAGAGUUCGGCGUUCCCUCCCAACUUUAUUCACUCGCUCGACGCAACACACAUGCUGAUGUCGGCCGUGGCAUGUUACAAGUCAGGCUUAACGUUCGCGUCCGUGCACGACAGUUACUGGACACACGCAUGCGACGUGGAUAAGAUGAACAAGAUUAUUCGUGAUCAGUUCAUUGAACUGCAUACGCAGCCUAUCAUGGAGACGUUGCGCGCCGAAUUCCAGGAACGAUACGGUGAUUACUUUGUGCCUGCAGCGGUGGAGCUUGGCAAAUCCAAGACGACCAAGAAGCAAGCGGAAGCGGAAGCAGAAGCAGAACCGGAAGUCACAGAGGCAGAUUCCAGCAGCGAGGAGAAGGCGUUCAACUAUGGAUUUGCCGAUUCCACUGUGGUGAAAGAAGAGCUAGAACAAGAAAAGAAGAUCAAGAAGAAGACAUCGGAUGAAGAUGAAGAUGUGGCGAUGAAAGCGUUGUUUGGUUUGGGCGACAAUUCGACGGAAGAAGGUGAAGAUGCCGGCCUGGAUGCCGAAGAAGAAGAAGAGGAAAGAAAGGCGGAAGCGGUGGCAGCGCCAACGAAAAGAUCCUUGACCAAGAAGUACGAAUACCAAUGGCAACCGAUAACGUUCCUUCCUUUACCGAAAAAGGGAGACUUUGACAUUAAUGAAGUCAAGGAAUCCGACUACUUCUUCCAUUAA